CUUUAUCUCAGGAUUGCAUUAACACUGAUGUCUCUGCUGUUUUCCUCUCCUACAGAUCGCCGCCAUCUCGCCCUUCCCUCUGAGGAUGUUUAGCUUGUUGUCACCAUAGUGCAGAAGACAUCACAUCAACAUAAACAGACGGUGGACAAUUAUGCCGCGCUUACUCAACAUCCCCACCUCAAAGCCCAACUGUGGCUCGGUCUGGGUCGCCUUUGUUCUGCUUGGCAUCUCGGCUCUAAACACUCAAGCUAAAAUUGUCCUAACUGUACCACAGCAAGUGAGGCUUUCACCCAACUUUUUCACUCAACAACUAACUAUUUCCUGGUUUGGAGGAGAGGCCACGACCUUUGACCUCAUCAUUUUGAGAACCGAAUUCAACGAAACUGUCUUUUAUAACACAGUCCCAGCAGUAGUGAACCAGGAUGGCGGUCGGCACCAAUGGACCUGGACUUCAGUUGAACCUCUGGAGUGCACAUCUUUAUCAGUCAAAAUCCGCUCAAGAGAUGGAAUAACAAAAAGUGAAUGGAGUGAACCUCAGAUCCUGGAAGGAAGGGAUCUCCCGAGCAACAGUGGUCAUCAGAUGUAUCCUCAAGACAGAGUUGUGCCUGUAGGGGCCAACACAACCUUCUGUUGUAUUGUGGAGGAGGGAAAGGAGUUUAGAGAACUUCUCUACGGCUCGACAAAAAUGAACGUGAAACGUUUGAGUCGACGAAGUUAUGCCACCACCGCUGUUAACCAGAACUUAUCUGGAAGAACUGGGACGAAUGUUAUUUGCCGUUUCAAGGACCUGUACAAACUGGCAGGAUCAGUCGUCUUUGUCGGAUAUCCACCUCUACCCACCAACUUUGAGUGCAUAACUCAUGACUUGACCUCAGCUGUGUGUUCCUGGGAUAGAGGACGAGACACCAACCUGUAUGGCAAGAGAAAAACCAGAUACUCCAUAAAUAAGAGGGACUGUGAGGUCAGCAAGUGUGUGCUGCCUCAGUGGGACGGUAACUGGACUCUGGUGGCUGUUAAUCCCCUUGGCCAGUACAGUCUGACUUACUCAGCUGAACUUCUUCACAGAGUGGUGCCAGUAGCACCGGAUAAGCUGGCUGGCACUACCCAUCCCUGGAAUGCCACUGUGCAGUGGCAGUGGCCAUACGAUAGCUAUUCCACCCUGGCUCUUGUCUGCCAGGUGGAACUAGCCAGCCGCAAUAUACUUAAUGUCUCAGGUGUGGGUGUCCGUUCUGUUUUCCUGCCUCACCUCCACCCCAACACCAAGUACAGGGUUCGAGUCCGCUGUGCAUCCCAGAAUCACUUCUUUAAGUGGGGCAACUGGAGCAAAGAAUUUCACUUCACAACCAGAUCAUCUGCUCCUGAAGCCCCCGAUGUGUGGAUGUGGAUGAACAGAGACAACACUGUACGGGUUAUGUGGAAGCCUCUGACGCAAUGGCAGAGCCACGGUGUGCUCACUGGAUACCAAGUUACUCUCUGGAACCUUGAAGAAAAUGAAAAACAAACCAGUAAUUUAUCUCCAAAAGAUAAUUCUUUGAACCUCACAGGUUGGGCUUCAAUCACCGGUGAUAAGAAAGCCAUUGCAACAGUAAAGGCAAAGAAUACGAAGGGGAUGUCUCAACCUUCAAGCAUAAUGUUAGGUGUAAUAGAUGACAAGUCCGUUCCUUUGGCUCGCACAAUUUACAGCAGCAGUGGUUUCCCUUUGAGCUGGCAGCACGAUGACAACAGAACAUGCAGUUAUUUGGUUGAGUGGUGUGAGGCCGUGUGCACGCCAGACUGCACUGUGGACUGGAUCAGACUGGACGCUGGAAGCACUCAUGUCUCCAUUAAAGAUUCUAUCGUUAAAUUCCAGCCAGGUGUGAGAUACAACUUCUCCCUCUAUGAGUGCCCAUCAACUUCCCCAGUACUAAUACAGCGCUGGCAAGGAUAUAUUCAGGAGCUGCCCCGGUUUACUUCUGUCAAUCUGGAGAUCAAUCAGCAGUACUGUGACGUCGUCCUCAGCUGGGAGGAGAUUCCACUGGCUGGCAGAGGAGGAUUUCUCAAAGGCUACAAAGUUUAUGUCAAUAACUUCUCCAAUUUCACACUACUUGCUGAUCUGAGCCCCAAAAUAAGGACGUACACUGUGAAGGAUCUCCCUACCAGCACCUAUGAAUUCAUUGUCAAGGCUUACGGAUCCGCCGGCCAGGAUACUGUCAGCACUGCUACCAUCAGGCUGAAGCAAUGUGGUAUGUGAAUUUCGAAUGAAAUUGAGUUAAUGUAUGCUCAAAUAAAAUAAACAUGUAUAAAUA